AAGCAGAGGUCAUAACGUCUGAUGAAAUUCGUGUUUAAAAAUGACUAAGACCGUAUAUGAGCUCAAUGGAAUUGUAGUAUUCUUAUCACUGGUUGGAGUUUCUUGUAGCCUUGAGUUACGAAAUGUUACGGAAUGUGAAAACACUCGGUCAUCAAAUCAAAGUGAGCCGAAGACAUCAUUUGCAACUCUUAAAGAAUGGGAAUCGGCACUAAUUAUUGCAGUUGGAUUCGGUGGAUUUGCCCUGCUGUUGAGCUUGGGGCAUUUUCUGCUUAGAAAGUACAUAUUCCAUGAUGAAGAUCGAGUGGAUACAGCAUUUGAUGCCGGAGGAAAUGUUACAAUUGCCCUGAUUGCAGUAUCUGCCGCCUCUCAGACAUUCUGGCCAGCAGAUUUGCUUCAGAGUGCUACUAUUGCCACAAAGUAUGGGUUGGCAGGGUCAUUCUGGUAUGCAGUGGGUGUUGUGACUAAUGUAAUUUUAUUUCCACUGCUAUCUGUUCACUUCAAGACUCGCGCCCCUGGUGCCAAGACAUUUCUCCAGGUGAUUUAUGCUAGGUUUGGGAGCAGCGCACAUAUAGUAUCGACAUUCUUUGCCUUGGUUACAAACAUGGUAAUCCUCACAUGUUUGAUUCUGGCUGGAACUGCUACGUUCACUUCAACAGCUCAGUCAAUGUCUACAGAGCUAGCGAUUUUGCUAAUUGCCUUCAUAUUCGGUUCCUUCUCUCUUGUGGGAGGGCUUGGCGCGACAUUUUAUGUUUCGUAUUUUAACACAGCUUUGAUCUACAUCAUGCUUCUCGUGAUUACAUCAACUGUCUUCUAUCUGCAUCCUGAAGAUUCUAUUGGGUCAUUGGAAAGACUACAUGGUCAACUGACCUGUGUGCUAGGACCAGAUGGAAAUGAACAAAGAAGCUUAUUAACAUUUAGGUCAACAGGCGCUGUCAUUUUUGGAGUCAUUGGAAUAUUUUUGGCUUCCUCCGUUACAUUUUGUGAUCAAGCAUCAUGGCAAAUGAGAAUAGCAGCUAAGCCUCUACAAGGAGUGAUUGGUUUCCUGAUAGCAGGAUUCAUUUGGUUUAUCAUUCCUUUGAUUCUUGCAACUACAACAAGCAUGCUGUUCCACAGCCUGAGUCUUGAAAAUGGAGCAGAUAUACUGACUGCUGCUCAAGUAGAUGAAGGAAUUGUUCCCCCUGCUGUUUUACACAGUGUGAUGGGUGUGUGGGGUGAAGUGAUGAUUCUGUCUAUGGUUUGUAUGGCUCUGAUGUCAACGGGUUCUGGAGAGGUGAUGGCUGUUGCAUCAAUCAUCAUCUAUGAUAUAUACCAGACAUAUAUUAAUCCAUUCAAGAAGGAUCAUAACAUAGACCUUUGCCCAUUAUGUGACAAACCAUAUGCACAACCAGAGUCACCGGAAUCAUCAGUCGAAUGCAAGUGUGUUAUUCCAAAUUUAUGUGCGGGUUGUAGAGACGACGAUAUAAUGAUCAGGGAGUCUUCAGACAGCAUCCCGCACAUGUACGGAUGUCAGACUCAUGGCAAAUAUAGACAAUAUCAAGACAUAUUAAGAAGAUAUAAAACAUGGGCAAUUCUUGUUGUUACAAUUUUAAUUGUUCCAAUGGGAAUGGUCAUCAAAAAGACAACAAUUGACUUGAACUGGGCAUUUCAAACUGGAACUGUUUCAUCGAUUUGUUGUUUUCCAACUGUUGUGUUAUCCGUAUUAUGGAGUAAAACAUCUGGAGCUGGUGUCAUUGCAGGUAAUGCCCUAGGUUUGAUACUUGGUUGGCUCACUAUGUUAGUCACAGCCAGCACAUAUCCUGAAGGACUAUCAACAGUGGACAACUUUCUCAAAAAUACAGUCCAGGAGAAUAGUGUGCUGGUCGGUUGUUGUGUAAGCUUUGGUGUGAGUCUAAUCACGUGUGUUCUUAUCUCACUUGUGACCAACUGGAGACAAACUCAACAAGAAGCGGAAGACGUCUGGAAACUGACUCUGGCUAUUGACAACCCGAUGUACCCAUGGACUGAACUAUACAAGCGACAACUAAAAGCAAGCGAGAUAGAAUUCAAACAUCGACCUUCUUUUAAACAGAUGCAUUAUAUGUUCACAAAGGCUAGGAACACUGCAUAUGCUGGUUGCUCAAUUGUGUUACUCAUUAUCCUUGUUAUCAUUCCAGGGAGUCUAGCCUCAUUCCCCACCAUGGAUUACUCCUCUUUCUACAACUGGAUAACCUUCACUCAUGUAUAUUUGUUCAUUAUGUCUUUCUUUGUUGUACUUGGCCCUCCUGUACAAGAGGUAGUGAAAGUGUUGCGCCAUCGAAAGUUUACGUUGAAAUCUAAACAAGAUCUUGUGGAGUAAACACUUGAAAUAUUCAAUACAAAUUAUGAACAUCAAGGAUAGCAGUGUUGAACAGCAAUUCCUUUGUCAUUUCGGGGUAUUUCAUAUAUCGCCAGAAAAACUCCCCUGGCAUAUCUCAUGUAUUGCAUCACUAUAAAAUAUAAAAUAUCAGCUUUUAUCCCUUUAAUUUUAGAAAUUAUCUUAGCAUUUCGGUGUAUUGCUUCAGAUGUGUAGGCACAAUAAGGUGUUUCAUCUUUUGUUUUUUGCAAGAAUGGUCUCCUGAUCGCACACCAAGCACAAACGUUUUCAACCAAAUCGGCUUUAGAUUUCCCUGUAGCGCAAAUUAUUAUCCACACACUUGUGGACCUUUUGCCAUUGUAGUAUUUCAGGAAGAAUUGCAUAUCUUUUACUUUAUAUUUGUUUUGGAUAACUUUUACAGCUUCAGAUUGAUCGAUCUUUAGGCCUAUUGUUUAGGCCGUUAAGACAUUAUUUUCCCUUCUAUAAAGAAAUUAUUUUUGUG